AUAAUGAUAUAGAAUCAGCUGUUAAAAAACUUUACGGAACUUCAAUUGCCCAUUUAGAACCAAAAAGAGAUAUAGAAAAGAGAGUGAAAAUUUUAGCUGGUGUUUCAGAUUUAUACUUUUGGCAAUGGCCAAUUAAUGGAGAGUAUAGUGGCUUCAUAUGUGGUCAUGCAUUACCUAAUGUAGAAGAUUGUGUAAACUUUUCACCAGCACAAAUAAAUGGUUUGGUUAAGCAAAAAAUUAACAAGCCAGAGCCCACAUGUACAUCACAUUCCAUUUCUAAAGAACAAUGGAAUAUACCAAUUCCAGAUAUAUUAGAAAGAUCUGAGUCUGAGGAUAAUAUUAACAAUGAUAAUUUAAUUAUGUGUAGGAAUUAUGAUAAAAGUCAAAGGUUUACACCAGAGGAUAUGCAUAAAGAACUUAUUGAAGAAUCUGUUCAUAACACUCAACUUUCUCUUGAUGAAAUUCCUAAGGUAGAAACUAUAUGUAAUUGGAUUUCUAGAUACUCUGCAGAAAUGAAAAGAGAUGUAGCUGAUAAAAUGUUAACAAAUAAUUUAUCACAUGAUACAAAUCCAAUUAAUGUCACCUUACUAAUAGUUUUAAUAUUAACAACUUGCUUUUGCUAUGAUCUAAUUUCCUGCCCACUAGAAGAAAUCGAUUUAUUUGAACUAUACUUAAUGAUGACAGGAGAAAUUACAUGGUCAAGUUUAAAAAUGGUUUAA